GGAAACCAUCGACUGAUGUGAUUAUGUAACGCAAAUGAGUGGGUCGGUCCAAGUUGUUGCGCCCCGUCAUCGGUCAUCCUGACGCCCGCCGGCGAACCGCGACUCCUUGACACGGACUCGGCGUGGGGGGUGGGGCUAUUGUGCGUGUAAGGUGUCUUCAUCUAGCAUUGAACAUACAUCAGCGCUUCUGUAGAAUUUCUUGCCCGUCCUUCCUCACUGAUCCAAAGGUCGCCGGAUACAGCAUUCAUUGGAGCUUGGGUAGGUUGCUGGUGCAAGCUCUCUGCCGCCAUGGCUGCAAACACGACGCUCAAGCGUAUAACCAAAGAAGCAGCCGAGCUGCAAAAAUCGCCAUCACCCGACUUUGUCGCUUCUCCCAUCGCUUCCGACCUAUUCGAGUGGCACUUUACACUUCGCGGCCCACCAUCGAGUCCCUACGCCUCGGGACAGUAUCACGGUCGCAUCUCGCUCCCACCUACAUAUCCGUACCGCCCACCUUCCUUUCGCUUCUUGACCCCGAGCGGUCGCUUUGAGACCAACAGAGAGAUAUGCUUGAGUAUAUCAGGUCAUCAUGAGGAGACAUGGCAGCCGGCAUGGGGAAUCCGCACCGCUCUCGUGGCCUUGAGGAGCUUCAUGGAGACGGACGUCAAGGGCCAACUCGGUGGCAUGGAAUGCUCCGAGGAAAGGCGCAAGAACAUGGCCGAGGAGAGCUGUCAUUGGAGGUGCGGCGUGUGUGGCAUGUCCAACGCAGAGAUCAUGGCCGACGCCACGGAGCGUUGCAAAGACGCGCCGCAGGCUAAGCAGGAUGUUGUCCCAGACGAGCUGAAGAUGGGUUUCAGAGAUGAAUUGGAGAAGCCCAAGCAACAAAAACAGCAGCAGCAGCAAGAGGAAGAGGAGAGGGAGAUAGCUGAAAUGGCGGAAGGAUUCGUCCAGACGGCACCCCCAGUGGAUCGCUCGCAAGCGGAGGCGCAGGCGCAACCAUCAACCAGGAACUAUGAGUCCAGACCGAUUCAAGCAGCAUCGCAGCCAAUAUCCGCACAGCCUACACCAACACAAACAGUGCCUGUUCCCGAGCAGCCGACGGCCCAGAUGGCAGGCUGGAGGAAUGACAAUGGCGUACCCGUGUGGCUGGAUCGUCUCAUCGUUGCACUCGUUGUCUUUCUGGUCGCGCUGCUCAUGAGGAUCAUGUACGUGGGCGUGUAGGACACGCUCUCAAGGCGUUGGCUGGAAUAAAUGAAGCCUGUGGGUUUGCUUGCGAAGUCAUGCCUUGUUACGCGAGCAUCUGCGCGUAGCACUUGCAUAUCCCGUCAAAGUAUUUCGGUUGUUCACAUUCGAGGGAAACCUUGCAUCGAUCGACGGCGUGUCGUCUCGCAAGCGUGUUGCUCUGGAGGGAAACCGUUACUAAGCU